AGAAAUGACCAUAAGAUUUAGAGGCAUCCAAUGAAGGAACAUGGUUCGGAUGUAACUGGUGUCAAUAAUUUUUCCUUGUCUUGAAGAAUAUAAGAGGCCUUGUGCAUCUAGAAAUAAUGAUCCCACUUCCAUAAUCUGAUGACUCUCAGUUAAAGUGGAAACUGGUCCACACAGGCACUAAGUAUUUUUUUAAUAAUUAUAUUCUUGAACAUAUUAGCUACUUUGCCUUUGACUGAUCACCAGAGUCCCCCACUAGCAAAGAAGAAAAGAGCUAAAGAAUAUCCACUUUACAUCCUUAACAAGCACAUAAACCAAGUCUAACAUAUUUAUGGCUGAAUAAUGGUAGGAUGUCAUUGUAGUUACUAGAAUCAUUAUCAUCUCAGGAUCAUAUCUUCCUAUUAUUAGUAGUCCGUAGAAUCAGUACCUUGGAUUUGCCAUAACGUUAGGCUAAAUCAAUCAUCAUGCAGUAGACCAUCCCCAACGAAUGGGAGCUUUGCUUGGGAUGAGACAACUCCUUCUCCACCCACAUAUUUUAGCACAACCUGCAAGAAUUAGGUAAAGUUAAUAACCAUUUGCAGAAAAGGUCGGCGAAACAGAGACAAAAGAGGAAAAAUGAAAAUGGUUCAAGAGGAAAUCCGAAAGGGUCCUUGGACAGAACAGGAGGACAUGAUUCUGGUCAAAUUUGUGCACUUAUUUGGAGAUCGACGAUGGGACUUUAUAGCCAAAGUUUCAGGUUUGCAAAGGUGGAGGGAGACAAAUGCUAGCUAGGUAGGCGUAUUUUGAAGAUUAACAGAUUUUGGAGAGAGCAUCCUUUAAUCCUUUAUUUUGUAGGUUUGAACAGAACAGGAAAAAGUUGCAGGCUGCGAUGGGUUAAUUACCUGCACCCUGGACUCAAGCGGGGGAAGAUGACUCCUCAAGAGGAGCGCCUUGUGCUGGAACUUCACGCAAAAUGGGGAAACAGGUGGUCCAGAAUUGCCAGAAAAUUACCUGGGCGAACUGAUAAUGAGAUAAAGAAUUACUGGAGAACCCACAUGCGGAAAAAGGCUCAAGAGAGUAAACGGGCUAUACCUCCAUCAUCUCCUAAGAGUUCUUCCUCAUCAUCAACUAUCACGAAAGUAGAUGCUGGAAAGGCAAGAUUUUAUGACACAGGAGGUCCUGAUAUGAUGGCUUUGGCAGGAAAAAAGAGUGAACAGAUAGAAAAUGAAAAGGGUUACUCCAUGGAUGACAUAUGGAAGGACAUUGAUCUAUCUGAAGAAAACACUAUAAAUCCUCUUUGUGAUACCUACAGUGAAGAAGGUUGCGAUUUCUCCUAUCCUUUAGUGGCUUCUCCAUCAUGGGACUACUGUUUGGACUCACUGUGGAAGAUGGAUGAAGAAGAGAGUAAGAUGCUUCUUCCUGCCAAUCAAUUCCUUUCUUUUCAAGAAUACGGAACGGUUAUAAAAGGCUAACUAGAUUUAAUUUAUUUAAAUAUGUUCAUAUGUAAAAUAUCUCUGAGGAAGCUCUAACUUGUGUAAUUGGGUUUUCUCUAAGCUUUCUAGUAACUGUUUUCAGUGUCCCGCACCGCUGCAAUGAUCCCAUUGCAGAAACUUAGUCUAUAUCCUUAUGUUUGUGUGGUUUUUUGGUCUUCAGAGAGGAAGAGAGGGCUUUACAAAUCUCCCUUGAGGAGAUAGCUAUAUCUCCAUGAAUGUAAUGUAUAAUACACCUUUGAACUUUAA